CACAGCCCUUGAAGUUCAAAGGCCUUUGCUGACCUCUUCCCAACCUAUCUCUCCUGCACUCAAGCCCCCACUAGUACAUGCAAGAGCAGAGGCAGGCUAGGACUAGAGGAAAGUGGAGAAGAGGCUGGAGACAGGCUGUCAGAGGGCUCAGAAGCCCCACGCAUUCCCCAUCCCAGGCCUGUCCACCUGCUUCAGGAGCCACAGCAAUAGAAGGGACAGCUAAUAAAGUAGUCGGUGAGGCUCGGUAAUUUGUGGCUAGGGUGUGAUUAACUACGACGCCUAAGAUGUCCCAAGAGAUGGGAGAGCUCACCCAAACCAGGCUGCAGAAGAUCUGGAUUCCACACAGCAGCAGCAGCAGUACCAGAAGCAGCGGGCUGCAACGGAGAAGGGGCUCAUCCAUCCCACAGUUUACCAAUUCCCCCACGAUGGUGAUCAUGGUGGGUUUACCAGCUCGAGGAAAGACUUACAUCUCCACGAAGCUCACAAGAUAUCUCAACUGGAUAGGAACACCAACUAAAGUGUUUAAUUUAGGCCAGUAUCGAAGAGAAGCAGUGAGCUACAAGAACUAUGAAUUCUUCCUCGCAGACAACAUGGAAGCCCAAUUAAUCAGGAAGCAGUGUGCCCUGGCAGCCUUGAAAGAUGUCCAUAACUAUCUCAGCCAUGAGGAAGGCCAGGUUGCGGUUUUUGAUGCCACCAACACGACCAGAGAACGGCGGUUACUGAUUCUUCAGUUUGCUAAAGAGCAUGGUUACAAGGUAUUUUUCAUUGAGUCCAUCUGUAAUGACCGUGGCAUCAUUGCAGAAAACAUCAGGCAAGUGAAACUUGGCAGUCCUGAUUAUGUAGACUGUGACCGGGAAAAGGUUCUGGAAGACUUUCUAAAGAGAAUUGAGUGCUAUGAGGUUAACUACCAGCCCUUGGAUGAAGAACUGGACAGACACUUGUCCUAUAUCAAGAUCUUUGAUGUGGGAACCCGCUACAUGGUGAACCAAGUGCAGGACCACAUCCAGAGCCGCACAGUCUACUACCUCAUGAACAUCCACGUCACACCACGCUCCAUUUAUCUAUGUCGGCAUGGUGAGAGUGAACUCAACCUCAGAGGGCGCAUUGGAGGUGACUCUGGCCUCUCAGCUCAGGGAAAGCAGUAUGCUUAUGCCCUAGCCAACUUCAUUCAGUCUCAAGGCAUCAGCUCCCUGAAGGUGUGGACCAGUCACAUGAAGAGGACCAUCCAGACAGCUGAGGCCCUGGGUGUCCCUUAUGAGCAAUGGAAGGCACUGAAUGAGAUUGAUGCGGGUGUCUGUGAGGAAAUGACCUAUGAAGAAAUUCAGGAACACUACCCUGAAGAGUUUGCACUACGGGACCAGGAUAAAUAUCGUUAUCGCUACCCUAAGGGAGAGUCCUAUGAGGAUCUGGUUCAGCGACUAGAGCCAGUUAUAAUGGAACUAGAGCGACAGGAGAAUGUAUUGGUUAUCUGCCACCAGGCUGUCAUGCGGUGUCUCCUGGCUUACUUCCUGGAUAAGAGCUCAGAACAGCUACCCUAUCUCAAGUGCCCUCUUCACACAGUGCUCAAACUCACACCUGUGGCUUAUGGCUGCAAAGUGGAGUCCAUCUACCUGAAUGUGGAAGCAGUGAACACGCACCGGGAGAAGCCUGAGAAUGUGGACAUCACCAGGGAACCCAAGGAAGCUCUGGAUACUGUCCCUGCCCACUACUGA